UGCAGUUAGCUCUUCCUCGCCAUUUUGCCCGUUUACUAUUUAUCAUGUGAGCUUCAAAUCUUAAUUUAUUUCUUUUAACUUUUUGUUGCAAACUUCAAAAUUUUGUUUCUCAAAUUCUGGAGAGAUUGUUCAGAAUUGUCAGUGCACUGGGAUGUAGCAUUCAAAAGUUGAAAUAUUUAUGGGGUCUCUGUAAUUUAUGGGGUACCUGAGCCUGAAGAAGAAACUAGCAUCCUUGAGCAGAAGAGAUAAAGAUCGAGAGAGUAGCAACUAGCAAAGGUGAGUUGAGAAAUCUCCCUCCCUAAUUUCUAACUUCUUCUUUUCCACCAUUUUCCUCUCCAACACCUUCUUCUUCAUAUGGAGAAACAGAGUGAUUGGAAAUUUCAAUUAGGUCCGUAUUCUGUACCUUAUUUUGAGCUAACAAAGCUUUUUUAAGUAUGUAAAAUGGACUAAGAGUUACCAUCUGAUGAGUGCCACCUCAAGGAAGAAUCCAACAAUCAACAACAACCAAAUCAUUCUAUCGGACAAACUAGUUAGGUUCGGUCACGUGUCUUGUUUUAUGCCAUUAUUUUCUACCGGACAAUAAGUACAGAAUAAAAAAGUAGUGUCCUUUACAGCACUAACAUAUAUUAUUCUGUUCUCUUGGAUUUAUCUAUAUCAGUGAGUGCCUUUUCUUUAUACAUACACUGGAUUUCAUGGAUAUGCCUAGAUUCUUUAUUUAGCAUUGUGCUUUGUUUCUGUCAUUGUGCUUUGUUUCCUAUAACACACGAGUUUAACGAGGAGUGCAGAAGUUGCUGUUUGAUAGACAAAUGGCCUAACCUUAAUUACAAUGUUGUAGAAGGUUUUACCUUCCCAGUUACUCAAUCCUAGGAGGUGAUUGGUAGGAAGCCUUAUCUUGAUUCUAUAUUUAUGAGAUUUCUAACCCACCAGAGAGGGAAAGUAGACCAAAGAGAGAGAGAUGGAAGAAGGAUUGAUAGCAGAGAUAUGGUGCUCUCUUGUAUUCAUAGGAGUAUGUAGUGUGUUUAUAAGAGUAUGUCAUGUGGUGUGGCUGAAGCCCAGAAGGAUUCGGUCAAUAAUUUGGAGGCAAGGCAUUAGGGGGCCACCACCUUCCUUUCUCUAUGGGAACAUUUCAGAGAUGCAGAAGAUCCAAUCCUCCAUGAUCAACAAUCCUUCUGAUGGCCAAUCUGUCUCUGAAAACUGGACUCACUCCAUCUUUCCUUAUUUCCAAAUAUGGAGACAAAAGUAUGGUCCAGUAUAUAUGUACUCAACAGGGAGCAAGCAGCAUCUGUAUGUGAGCCGGCCUGACUUACUAAGGGAAUUGAGCCUGCACAAGUCCUUGGAUUUGGGUAAACCUUCAUAUCUGUCUGAGACAUUUCAGCCUUUGCUAGGUGAUGGCAUCAUUAAGGCUAACGGAAACAACUGGGUCUACCAGAGGAAACUCAUUGCUCCUGAAUUCUUCAUCAACAAGGUCAAGAAUAUGGUGGGACUGAUGGAGCAAUCUACCAUAGCAAUGAUGAAGACAUGGGAGAAUCGUAUAAUAGAGAGUGAGGGAGGGGUUGCAGACAUGAUUAUUGAUGAGGAUUUGAAGAGCCUCUCGGCAGAUAUAAUAUCAAAAUCCUGUUUUGGCAGCUCUUACUCACAAGGCAAUCUGAUUUUUGCGAAGAUUGCCUCCUUGCAAGAUGCCUUGUCCAAACCAAGUGCACUUUUUGGACAAUUCAACUUUAGAUUUCUUCCGACGAAGAGCAACAGAGAGAUAUGGAGGUUAAAGAAAGAGGUGGACACACUGAUACUCAAGGUAGUCAAGGAUCGUCAACAAGAAAGCCAAAAAGGCACAGUGCCUGAAAAGGACCUUUUACAAAUGAUGCUUGAAAGUGCUGUUACUAGUGAUGACAAGUUCCCAAGGUUGAAAACAGACCGCUUCUUUGUUGACAUAUGUAAAAAUAUCUACUUUGCAGGCCAUGAGACUACUGCUCUUUCAGCCUCCUGGAUCUUGAUGCUACUUGCAUUACACCCUGAAUGGCAGGAACGUGUUCGCGCUGAGAUUCUUGAGGUCUGUGGAGAUCAUUUAUAUAAUCUCUUUCAACACAUGGAUGCAUUUCGCAAGUUGAAAAUGUUGAUGAUGGUGAUCCAAGAGAGCAUUCGUCUUUAUGGACCUGCUGUUAUAACGGCAAGGGAAGCUUUUUCAGAUAUCAAGUUGGGGGGGUUUGUAGUGCCAAAAGGCGUCCACAUAUGGAGUUUGAUUCCUGCAAUGCACCGUGACCCUGAAAAUUGGGGUCUAGACGCAUUGGAAUUUAAGCCAGAGAGGUUCGCACAUGGGAUAUCUAAAGCAUGCAAGUAUCCCCAAGCAUACAUACCAUUUGGCUAUGGGAGUCGAUUAUGCCCUGGCCAGAACUUUGCAAUGCUUCAACUCAAGGUAGUACUCUCUCUCAUAUUAUCCAACUUUUCCUUUGCCCUCUCUCCCGAAUACCGUCACUCCCCUGUUUAUAAAAUGUUACUGACGCCACAACAUGGAGUAAGACUACUCAUAACGAAGUUGCAGGGAAACCUGGGUUAAGGGUCAUAACCUUCACAUGUCUGCACAAUAAGGCAACUACAUAUAAUUGUGUUUUUGUUGUGCAUACUGCAGUUGUAUAUAUACUUUUUAUUAUGCUACAAAAUGUAUUAGCAUUGUCAUCUCCUGGGUUAAGGUUCUUGACUCUUGAAAACA